AUGGCACCGCUUCCCUGCAGUCCCGCGAGCAAUUCCACCGCCUCCGAAUCGCAUUCCCUCCCUACAUCAGACGACUCGGACGAUAGCCUCAUAACGCCGCGAGCAGGGCCUUCAGAUCCCACCCUCAGAACGCCAGCAAAGCUGAGCAAGCCGACUGUACCGCCGUUCGCGACAUCGCCCGAGUCGUCGCAGAGGCCAUCGUCGCUCAAGCACGCCGACGGACAGCCACGAUAUCCGUACACCUACACCGGCACUGCUGGCUCUAGUAGAGCCAUCGAUGCUGGUGUAGAUGGCAGAGAGCGACAGCGCUCAGUCACUUUCACACCACAGACUAUCUCGCCGAAAGGUCCACGGCCGAAUAGCUACUCCCACACAAUGGCAUUAGGUGGGUCGCCUGUGAGAAGCCGGCAAGACAGAGAGUCGGAGGAUGUGGCGGAGAGCAGUGCAGACGAGCACACGGCCAUCGUGAGGAAGAGUACGCAACUGAAAUCAAAUUAUGGCGCGGCGAACGAUGACAAUAACGAUAUUCGGUCGAUCAAUGGGCAAGCCGAAAGUCCAAGGAGGAGGAAGAGCGACUCUGUGAUGAGUCUGAAGGGCAAUCGGGCGGAUGCGGGUGUGCCUGCUCGAGGAGGGCAGGAGCUGUUGACAGAGCAGGAAGCUGAGCAUGAAGGCUGGUUCAGGUCACUUGUCGACAAGUAUGGAUCUGUCGAGCUUGAGAACAAGGGAAGCGUGGCUAGAGAUCACCUCGCACUUGAACGAACUUUCCUAGCCUGGCUGCGAACCUCGCUUUCCUUCGCUAGCAUUGGCAUAGCCGUCACGCAGCUGUUUAGGCUGAACACGUCGAUUGCUUCCUCAGAUCCAGAUGCCGUGCAAUCUUCCGCGGCAUCAACAAAGUUACGUUCCGUGGGCAAGCCUCUAGGCGCGACAUUCUUAGGCAUAUCGAUUCUCAUCCUCCUGCUGGGGUUUCAUCGCUACUUCGAAAGCCAACACUACGUGAUACGAGGCAAAUUCCCAGCAUCACGAGGAACCAUCAUCAUCGUCUCAGCAGUGGCGACCGCACUUAUCAUCGCUAGCCUGAUUGUCGUUGUUGCAGUCGCUCCGGAAGCAUCCGAGAAACGAUAA